CCCUGAAAUGAAAAACCGAAAGCUCUCUUCUUUUUUCAUUCCCAUGGAAGCUAACACUUAAAAACCUCAUCUUUUUGUGUUAAACCUUCUUCCCCCUUUUUGCUUUUCAUUCUCAUUUUCCGAAUUAUCGAACAAAAUGGCGAAAACAACCUAUGCGGCGGGUUUGUUGUCAGCCAUAGCAGCCGCAGCUGGUUUCUCUCAAAACCACACUGCUUCUUAUGCUGAUGGCUUCACCAACCUUCCCCAACAACCGCCACAACCGCCUCCUCCUUCCGAUGGAAAAUCGCCGCCGGAGGCGCCGCCGCCGCAGCCUAAGGUUCGAAAUGACCAUCCUAGGACCACUUCUGCUGGGUUUGAUCCUGAGGCUCUGGAGAGAGGUGUCAAGGCACUCAAGGAGAUUUCCUCAUCUCCCCAUGGCAAAAAGGUUUUUGAUGUUAUAAAAAAACAAGAGGAGACAAAGCAAGCUGAAUUGGCUGCAAAGGUGGCAGAGUUUAAGGAAAUGAAAGCACAACACGAAAUUGAGAGACAAAGGAUUAUAUAUGAUGAACAAAAAAAGCUAUCCCAGCAUCAAGCACAAACUAAAUCCCAGAUUGCUAAAUAUGAGGAUGAAUUGGCAAGGAAGAGGAUGCAGGCAGAAAAUGAGUACCAGAGAGCUAGGAAUCAAGAGUUAGUAAAAAUGCAAGAAGAAUCAUCAAUCAGACAGGAGCAAGCUCGACGUGCAACAGAAGAACAGAUUCAAGCACAACGGAGGCAAACUGAAAGAGAGAAGGCUGAGAUCGAACGUGAAACAAUCAGAGUAAGGGCUAUGGCAGAAGCGGAAGGAAGAGCACAUGAAGCAAAGCUAGCUGAAGAGGUCAACAGGCGAAUGCUAGUAGAUCGUGCUAAUGCAGAGCGAGAAAAAUGGGUCGCUGCCAUCAAUACUACUUUUGAACAUAUUGGAGGGGGAUUGAAAGCCAUUCUAACAGAUCAAAACAAGUUGGUUGUAGCAGUUGGUGGAGUGACUGCCCUGGCAGCUGGGGUCUACACAACGAGGGAAGGUGCACGGGUUAUUUGGGGAUAUGUGGAUAGAAUUUUGGGACAACCAUCAUUGAUCCGAGAGUCAUCCAGAGGGAAAUACCCUUGGUCUGGUGUGUUUUCCCGGGCCAUGAGCUCCCUGUCUCGUCGUAGUGAUGCAACUUCGAAAAAUGGAAAUGGUUUUGGUGAUGUAAUUUUGCAUCCUUCACUUCAAAAACGGAUUGAGCAGCUGUCAUCUGCAACGGCAAAUACAAAAGCACAUCAAGCACCAUUCAGAAACAUGCUUUUCUAUGGCCCUCCAGGAACUGGGAAGACAAUGGCUGCUAGAGAAUUGGCUCGUAAAUCUGGGUUAGAUUAUGCAUUGAUGACUGGAGGAGAUGUUGCUCCACUGGGAUCACAGGCUGUAACAAAAAUACACCAGUUGUUUGAUUGGGCUAAGAAAUCAAAAAAGGGUUUAUUGCUUUUCAUUGAUGAAGCCGAUGCAUUUCUGUGCGAGCGGAACAAGACCUAUAUGAGUGAAGCACAAAGAAGUGCACUAAAUGCUCUUCUCUUCCGAACUGGUGACCAGUCUAAAGACAUAGUCCUUGCACUUGCCACAAAUCGACCAGGUGAUCUUGAUUCAGCUGUGGCAGAUCGAAUUGAUGAGGUCUUGGAAUUCCCCUUACCUGGGGAAGGAGAGCGCUUUAAACUUCUUAAGCUCUAUUUGGACAAGUACAUAGCCCAAGCCGGAUCGAGGAAGUCGGGUUCAAUUCAAAGCUUGUUCAAAGGAAACCCGCAAAAGAUAGAAAUUAAAGGAUUGACUGAUGAUAUCAUAAAGGAAGCGGCAGCUAAAACCGAAGGAUUUUCUGGAAGGGAGAUAGCAAAACUGAUGGCAAGUGUUCAAGCUGCUGUAUAUGGGAGCGAGAACUGUGUGCUUGACCCAAGCCUGUUCCGCGAAGUGGUAGAUUACAAAGUUGCAGAGCAUCAACAGAGAAGAAAGUUGGCAGGUGCUGAUAAAGCUAGUGCUUGAGAGGAUGUUCAUUAUCUUAGAUUGUGCCAUGAAGCCUUCUAUUGUUGGUGUAAGCCUUAGUUUGUAUGCAAAUUUUAGCUCACAUAAAGGGGGUUGACCCGCCAUUUUAUUCAUUGAUUAUCCCCAACGACAAGAGGGAGAUUUUGGAAUUUGAGUGUAGUCGAGUUUAAUUUUACCGACUGAUAAUUAUCCUUAAUAGUUCGUAUCCAACUUUAACUACCGAUAUUGUUCUCUCCUGGUCCUGGCUAUGGAUAAUAAAUGGAGGUUGCAGACA